UGGGUUGGCCGGAGCCUGUGCAGGGGUAGGCGGGGGGCUUGAUGGUGGGGUUUGUGCUGCUUUGGGAAUGAACCAAAAAGUUAUUUUCUGAGGAAGUUUCAGCUCUGAACCAACAUCCCAGUGUGGAAGGAAAGGAAUCCAACCCCCUGUAGGCAGAGGAGCAUGAACAGGAUGACUGGCCCCAGAGCUAACACUCUCAGUGGUGCAGAAGGUCGCAGCAUCGCCCCCUCUCAGCUCAGAUGUCGCAUUGAAUCAAGUGGGUUCGGGGGGCUGAAGCAAAUUGGCCCCAGACCAUGUAUUCAGCAAAGUGGAAGAAAGUACAAAGGCAGACCUCGGCCAAUCAGAACGCCCCUCUCCGAAAAACCCCAAGUACCUCCUAAACCAGCCCACCUGAAAGCAUUGGGGAAAGAAAUCACAAACCACAGAAUUCCUCCUGCCCCAUCAAAGCCAUUGUCCCUAGUACCCAAACCCACCAGACGUCCUGGAAUUAAAGAGCGGAACAGGUCUGAGACCUCGGACAUCAGUAUCCUCAUCAAGAAGUUUGAAAGCCUUAGGCAACCGGUCCAGCUUGGGAGACACAGUCGUUACCAUUUUAGCAUCAAGAUGGAGCAAGGAACAAGCCCCCUGUGUUGUGCCCAUGUUUCUACUAGAGACUCAGAGAGUGGGAUCCCAUUGGGUGAGCAAGGAAGGCCAACUGAGGAGGAACCCAGUUCAGAAAGGCCCAGGGAUAACCUGAAAAUCAGAGACUUUACAAUAAAUGAUAUUAACAACUGUGGGGGUAAUAAUAAUGCCUCUAUGAACCGGACUGAGCAGCCUCCGCAGGAGAAUGGGAAUCUGACUGUGGAUCAUAAUGAUAAUGGGAAAAUUCCCAACAGAGACAGUGGCAUUGACAGCCCUUCUUGUGGUGUCGUUGGGGAGGUGUUUCCCAAUGACGAGAGCAUGGAGCACAAAAAGCUUUCCUUGCCUGUCCAUAUGGUGGAAAUCGGCAUCAUCAGGAAGAAUUCGGACUCAUCGUCUGUGGAUCAGAAAAGAGAUUCCACUCAGGAUGAGGACAGUGACCUGGAUGAGGGCAGCAGUGAAGAACAGGAGGCCAUGGAGGUGCCCAAGGCAGAGAACGUCGAUUCCACUAAGUUUUCUGAACAUCAGAGACUGUACAACAUCGCCCGGGAGCUGCUGCAGACGGAGGAGGCCUAUGUGAAGAGGUUGGAUCUACUGGAUCAGGUGUUCUGCACAAGGUUGUUAUCUGCAGGUAUCCCCCAGGAUGUGAUCAAUGGAAUAUUCUCUAAUAUCUCCUCAAUUUAUCGCUUCCACUGUCAGUUCCUCCUUCCCGAACUUAAGGCGAGAAUAAUGCAAGAGUGGGAUACGAACCCCCGGAUCGGUGACAUCCUACAGAAGCUGGCCCCGUUCCUGAAGAUGUAUGGGGAAUAUGUCAAAAACUUUGAUAAAGCGAUGGACAUGGUCAACAGCUGGACACAACGUUCCUCUACCUUUAAAGAGGUAGUUCACACAAUCCAGAAGGACCAAAUAUGCGGAAACCUGACCUUACAGCAUCAUAUGUUAGAGCCUGUGCAGAGGAUUCCCCGCUAUGAACUUUUACUAAAAGAUUAUCUGAAGAAACUCCCAGAGGACUCUCCUGAUUGGAAGGAUUCAGAAAAGUCCCUGGAGUUGAUUUCUACUGCAGCCAAUCACUCAAAUGCAGCAAUUCGUAAAAUGGAGAAGAUGCACAAACUGCUGGAGGUCUAUGAGCGACUUGGUGGGGAGGAAGAUAUUGUUAAUCCGGCCAAUGAACUCAUUAAGGAAGGACAAAUCCAGAAAUUAUCAGCGAAGAACGGAACGACACAGGACCGGUAUUUGUACCUGUUCAACAACAUGCUCCUCUACUGCGUGCCCAAAUUACGGCUCAUGGGACAGAAGUUCAGUGUUCGGGAAAAGAUUGACAUCUCUGCAAUUCAGGUACAGGAGACUGUGAAGAACCAUUCCCCUUAUAUGUUCCAAAUAAUUGGGAAAAAGAGAUCCCUGGAGCUGCAGACGAGGACAGAAGAGGAGAAGAAAGAGUGGAUACAGGUUAUCCAAGCGACGAUCGAGAAGCACAAACAGAACAGCAAAACCUUCCGAGCGUUUAACAGUUCCUUUUGCAGAGAAGACGAGAAUUGUCCCGAUUCACCGGUCGCAGGCUCGGGGGGCCCCUGUGAUUACUCCUCAGGGACGGAAGGCUGCGGCUCCCCAGGAGGGGCAAAUUCCUUCCGAAAAUCCUCCAAGAUAAAGCGGGAGAAGGAGAAGCCGAACUGCAAGGGCUGCGGGGAAAGUUUUCACUCCAUAACGAAGCGGAGACACCACUGCAAGCAAUGCGGCGUCGUGAUUUGUGCGAAAUGCUCCGAGUUUAAGCUGCUGCCGGAAAACAACCGACACAACCGGGUCUGUAAGGAAUGUUUCCCUCUCGUUCCCUCUGUCCCUGGAAGUCCGGGGGGCUCCGCAGAUUCAGGGGAAACGAAGAAGAAAGUGGAGAAACAAAAUUCCUUAUCUCCAGAAACCUGUGUGUUCAGCAGUAACCUCCUGUACCUGGAGAAGGGGAGGACAUGGACAAAAGUGUGGGUGUGUAUCCCCAAGAACGAGCCCCUCGUCAUGUACAUCCAGGGGAGCGGCCAGGAUGGGAGGACCCCUCGGGCAAUACCACUGCCGGGAUAUGAUGUGAGUUUGCCGAGUGCCGGUGACAAGUUGGACUUGAAACACGUAUUUAAAUUAUCUCAGUCGCAGCAAACUCUGUUUUUCAGUGCAGAGGAUGAAGAUUUGCUCCAGAAAUGGAAGGUGAUUCUCAGCAAAGCAUCUAGAGGCGACCCCUCCAUUACGGCAGAGGAUCUAGAAAAGUUCUAGAGACUCUUGUGCUUUUGAAACAGACUCAAAAUCUCCACUUGGAGCUGGAAGAGACGCACUUUGUCCUGCACGUAGUUAUAGCCCCGGGGUACCUCUCUAGCUUUUGACUUGCACAGGGUACUGGGAGUUGUAGCAAGAGGUGGAGAAGCAGUUGCUGGUGCCCAUGUGUCUGUAUCAAUAUUUGUAUGUCCAGUCCAGUUAUAAGUCUGAUUUAAGUUCCCUCCGUAUGAUGAUGUUUUGUCCUCAUUUGGGACAGAAGGUUGGAGGGUCGGGGUUCAAAGAGCCAAAAUAUUAGAAUUCCCGCCAUGUUGUCCGUCUCUCACUCUGUUCUGUGUAUUUAAAUAAGGAGAAUCCCAGAUGUUGUUCCGUGCUGGUUGUAUAUGUGAAUAGUAAAGAUAAUGUCAAGCACAAGACACAGUGUCCUACAGAGAUCCAACUGGGAGGUGGAAGAACUGGAACCAGAGCUCUGAACUUGCCAUUUGGACUCAGCCCUCAGCCCCUCUGAUCAUGGGAUGGAGGCCAAGGAGCAAGCUGGGGGGAUACACGUGUGUGGGAGUCUGGUUGGACAGAUAGACGGACUAUAAUAAGCCUUAGUCAGGUGGGUAACGGACAAUAAAGAGGAACCAGCACCCAGGGGUGAAGCACCCAGAACCAGUGAGUAUUGGGCACUUAGGAAGUUGCUUCCACUUUGUGCCAUAAAUUACAGAAAGGAGACGAAGUUGCAGACUUAACUGCCAGGUUGUGGGAAAUCUUCUUCCCUUGAGUGUAGAGUCGUCCAACCGUCUGAAGCCAAUUGGUAAAUCCUGGCACCAUAAGAAAGAGUAAGUGAAGUGGGUAUUGAGGGAGGAACCUGCUCAGUUUGGAAGAUGAGGAUGACAGUUAGAACAAGUGUCUUUAGGGCAGGUCAAAUGGACUCUCUCCAGCAGCUGGCAGUGUUGAUCCAAGGCAAGACAAGCACAUAUAUGGGAAGGGUCAAAGUGAAAAUUUUAAUUUUCAAAAAUUUUUAUGGCCAAAACUGUCAAAUUUGACUGGGGAAUUAUUAAAAUUCAAUUCGAGUUCAAAUUUGAUUUUCGAGAUUUAUCAUACACUGGCCCUUUAAGAACUCAAAUUUGACUAUUUGCCACCUAAAAGUAUUUGCCACCUAAAAAAUUUGAUUUGAGUUUUCAGGUCAAUCCUAUUCCCCAAGUUUUGAAAAUUACAUUUUUUUUUGAUAAAUUGCCAUCGGCCAAAUUUCGAGUUCAUGGGAGUUUAUGGGAGUUUUGAAAAACUCCCAUGAAUUCGAAAUUCAACCCUUGAUAAAUCUGCCCCAUAGAAUUGAUUCUCAUCUUUAAUCGACCAAUAACAUUGGCACAAAUAUGAUGGUUUUACUGGCUGGGCUGGAACCUAAAGAUUCAAAACCAACCAGAGAGGCGUAAUGGGGACGUUUAUGACUUAAUGGUUUCAUUGGUGACAUCACUCAAGGAAAAGCGAUUGUUGGCAUCAUCCAAAGGAAUGAGUAAAGUAGGAGUAGGCCAGUUGCUAAAACUACUCUAAUUGGACUUGCCCAGUCCUGUGUUGGCCACUAAAGGUGCAUUUGUUUGAGGGGUUCAAUGUGCUGCCCUGCAAUACCUCUCUAGAUGCCCAAGUACUGAUGUGUAGGGAGUAGUAGGUGCAGGUCUACUGUGUCUUUAGGAAGAGACUAAAUGCAGGUGGAAGAGUUGGUCUUUCUUUAGGCAGAGGGUGAAAUGCAGUUCUAUGUUAUAAUGUUUUGUUGGACUCACUGGGCUGUUGUUGGACCCUCAAAGGUUCUGUACUUGGCAGAGGGUGAUCAGAAUGACCCGCGGUGCUUUGUGGGACAUGUAGUUCCUCAGUUGUUAUGUACUGAUGUCAGGCCUCUGUAUGUGA